CAUUUGGCAUUCUAACAGCACCCUAACAGUCUUUUAGGAACCGAAAGGCAUAGGUUGCCUUUCUUUUUCUCUUUGGUGAUGGGAACCAAAAGAAAAGCAUCCAAUGCCUUAUAAUGCUGCUCCUUUUUUAUUCCCUUUCUUUCUCAGUUUUUCAGGAACCGAAAGGCAUAGGCUGCCCUUCUAUCUCUAUUUGCUGAUUAAUUGGCUUGAGUCAAAAUAAUUCAUCAUCUGACACUGUCACCCCACACUGAACCGUGUGGUCCCUACUACCACUACUACUAGUAUAAGUACUCGACUGUCCAUCCCUCUCCCAUUAUUUCCUUUCCUCCUCUCUCAAUUUCCUUUCUUCCUACAAUUUUUCUGCAAAAAAAUUCAGUUUUGCUUCUUUCCUUGUCCUUUGUCACUUCUCUUUGUCUCUAAAAUACUUUGGAACGAGUAUUGAAAAGUGGAUGAAGAAAUACGAGAGGUAUGUGUCUUUAGCAGCUCUGAAAACACAAGGAGAUAUGAAUAUAUUUUCUCAUAAGAAAGUUGAGACUGACUCAUUCAUGAAUUAUCUUUUCUCGUAAGAAAGUUGGGAACUUACUCAAAAUAUUGCAUUCCAUGACUUUGGUGAGAAGAGAAAAAGUAACACGUCCCAAAUGAAGCUUCCCGAAAAUUCUCAUAGUCAGUCUUCCACUUUUCGUAUGGAAAAUACUUGUCGAGUUCCCUUUUGCUUUUCCUCUUGAAUGAGUGUUGGAAAGUGGAUAGCUCUUGCAUGGAGAUUUCCUUGUUGCUUCAAGGAGAUUUACAACAGUGUAGCUCAAAUUUAUCCCCACCUCACAUUGUAUUUUAAUUUUAUGGCAUGAUAAUAGGUUCAUUACACGGUUAUUUUAGCGUUCCUGUUUUUAUGUAAUUCAUUGUGCUUUCCCACAUAUAACCUUUUCUGUUGGCAUUUUAUUGGUUUUCUUACUUGGCUUGUGUCACGGUUUUGAUCAGAAAUGUUGGCUGAUGGAGCUGCACAAUGUUUGAUCGCUGAUGUUCUCACUAAAUGGAACCGGAUCCCCAAAAUCUGAGCAUCAUGGACUACAAAUCAGGACCGUUGAAAUUUGAUUAAACAACUACAAUUAUUAUAACUUUCAGAGGGAUCCCUGUUUAUAGCCGUUUGAUCAAAUUUCAACGGCCUAUGAUUGUUGCUCAAGAUACUCAGUUUUUGGGAUUCGGAGAGGACAUGGUUCCUCACUAAAUUAGUAUUUAUUCAUCCUUUUAAUCUAAGUUUAUCUUUAUACUAAUGUGAUGAACAUUCAAAUCAGUCAAAACUGAAACCAAUAUGAUGCCAUGGACUUGUAGUUUAAUUUGAUUAAAUUGGUUGAGCUCAUGUUUUUUGGUAGUAAGCAUGGACCAAAGCAAUCAUACAAAGAUCGUUUAACAGUUGGUUAGUGUGACCAAAACUCGAAACUUGAAAGUGAAAUUAAUCAAAACUAUUUCCUCUCUUGACACAGCAUGUAUACAAAAGAGAGUGAGUAUUACGAAUUGUUUAACAAUUUCUAAUUUAUAGCUUCUCUGUAUUUUUUGGACCAUUACCAAUAGUUUGAAAUUUUCACGGUACUAGGGGGUAUGAGUUACUCCAGAUGUUUUAGCCCUUAAAUAAUUUACCAUAACUUCACUCUAGAAUUUCGGUUCUUUUACUCCUACUUAGGUAAAACAAUCAUACUAACUUUUCUUUGUCAGAGAAAUAAUUCACUAUCUGACACUAUCACCGACACUAAAUUGUGUGGUUCUCACCGCCACCACUACCAGUAGAAGUACUCGGCUAUCCAUCUCUCUCCCAUUUAUUUCCUUUCCUACCUCUCACAAUUUCCUCUCUUGCUACACUUUGCUGCGAGAAUUUUCAGUGUGAUUUUUCCAGUUCUUUCCUUGCCAUUUGUCACUUUUCUCUGCCUGUAACCAUUUUCUGGUAACUGAAUAUGAUUCAACGGCUUAAACUGAGUUAUUGAAGACUGUAAGAUCAAAUCGGAUUGUCAAUUAUGUGUUGGCACUGAGUCAAACAUUUUACAGCAUUACUGUUUGAAGUAUCCAAUCUACAGCAACUGUUUUUUCCGAUGGCAUUGACUUUGAGCACCCAAAGAGCCUCUGCAUCUUUUAUUUCAAAUGAAUCAUCUCCUAGAUGGAAGUAUGAUGUGUUUUUGAGUUUCAGGGGUGUCGACACCCGCAAGGGUUUUGUAUCCCAUUUAUACCAUGAAUUGUGGGAGUGCCAAGGAAUUACAACUUUCUUUGACGAUCGAGAGCUUGAAGGAGGAACAAGUAUUCCCGUUGAGCUCCCACGUGCGAUCAAAGAAUCGCAUAUUGCAAUCGUUGUUCUCUCACCAAACUAUGCUUCUUCCAAAUGGUGUUUGGAUGAACUCACAACCAUUCUUCAAUGCAUGGAAGGCAGGGAAUCAGUUCUGCCGGUCUUUUAUGAGACUGAUCCAUCUGAUGUUGGAAAUCAGCGUGGAUGUUUUGCCAAAGCCUUUACGGAGCAUGAAGAAAAGUUCAACCCUACCGAAGACAAAAAGAAGUUGACCCAGUGGAGAGCUGAUUUGAAAAAAGUAUCCAAAUUUUCUGGGUGGCACUUGAAGAAUUUUAAAUCUGAAAGAGAGCUGAUUAAUGACAUCGUCAAAUGCGUGCAGAGGAAAGUGCAAGCUACAUUCACGCUAUUAGAUUCCUCACGGAAGUUAGUCGGAACUGAUUCUGCACUCGAGCAACUAAGUCUGCUAUUAGCUCAUGAUGCCAAUGAUGUUCACUUUAUUGGGAUAACGGGGAUGGGUGGCAUAGGCAAGACAACCCUUGCUAAGCUAGUUUACAAUAAAAUUUGCCAUCAUUUUGGAGUUCAUUGUUUUCUUGCCAAUGUCAGAGAGGUUUGUGCAAAAAAUGGUAUAGUUGAUCUUGCAAAAAAACUUCUUUUCCCGUUCUUGAGGGAAAGGAUUGAAGAAAUUUGGGAUGAAGAGCGCGUAAGCAUUCUCACUGAGAAGUUCUUACAUAAUAAAAAGGUUCUUCUCGUACUUGAUGACGUGGAUGAAUUAAGGCAACUCGAAGUAUUGGCUGGAAAUCAAGGUUGGUUUGGUAUGGGGAGUAGAAUUAUCGUGACAACUAGGAAUCAGCGUUUGCUAGUCCAACAUGGUAUAGAAACAUCAUAUAAGGUGCAGGGGUUGAAUGAUGCCGAAGCACUUGAGCUCUUUAGCCUGCAUGCCUUUAAAAAAGACCAACCUGAGGAAGAUUUUUUGGAAUUGUCCAAGUAUUUCAUUAAUCAUGCUAGAGGCCUUCCAUUAGCUCUUAAAAUUUUCGGGGCGACAUUGUUUAAGAGAGGGCUAGCUGCUUGGAAUAGUGAACGGGAUAGUCUGUCAAAAAUUCUUAAUCCAACAAUUUUUGAUAAACUUAAAAUAAGUUAUGAUGGACUAGAAGAGCGGGAGAAGAGCAUUUUCCUCGAUGUUGCAUGUCUCCACAAAGGGAAGCACAUGGAGCAAGUAAUUGAAAUGCUACAUAAUUCUAAUCCUUUUGGAAUGUCCAGUCGUAUUGUGAUAGAUGGAUUAAUUGAGAGAUCUCUCCUCUAUCAAGAUCAUCACAAUUGCAUAUGGAUGCAUGAUUUGAUACAAGAAAUGGCAUGGAAAAUUAUUGGUGACGAGUCUAAAGAGCCUGGUCUACGCAGUAGGUUGUGGUUAUACGAGGACAUUAUUCGUGUAUUCACGACUAAUACGGGAACAGGAGCAAUUGAAGUAAUAUCCUUAUGCUUGCCCAAAGUAGAGGAGGUACGCCAGUGGAAUUGCGAAGCCUUGUCUAAGAUGACAGGACUGAGGUUUUUGGAAUUCGAUAAUUUGAUCUUUUCUUCAGGUCCUGAAUUUCUUCCAUGUUCCUUGAGAAUUAUAAAUUGGAGUUUCUAUCCAUCCAAGUUUCUUCCAACCAACUUUCAUCCACACUUGCUUACUGAACUCAACAUGAGUAAUAGCAAUCUUGUUCGGCUAUGGAAGGGAAAAAUGGACUUGCCCAAUUUGAAAUAUAUCAGUCUUAGGAGCUCCAAUAAGUUGAAGAGUACCCCAGAUUUCAGUGGUCUUCCAAAUCUUGAGACGUUGGAUCUUUUGGAAUGUAAGAAUUUAGUUGAGAUCCGCCCGACUAUUGUAAUUCUUAAAAGACUUAAAGUUUUAGACCUUAGUUGGUGUGAAAGCAUUAAGAGCCUCCCAGAUGAGGUUGAAAUGGAUUCUCUUGAGAAAAUACCUUCAUCAAAAGGACAUCUGGUUGGCCUUGAGCAUUUGUAUCUACGUAAUUGCAAAAAUCUCUUGAACCUUCCAAGGGCUAUUUGUAAUUUGAAGUCUCUCAUAUAUCUUGAUGUGCGUGGAUGCUUAAAGAUACACAAACUUCCCGGAGACAUGGAUCACUUAAGGGUACUUGAAUUGGGAACCACUAUGAAAGAGCCGCUUGUGGGUAUGAAAAAUCUCGAGUAUCUAGCAUUUGAGGGAUCGGAUGCUAAAGCAAGGGAGGGGUGGGGCCUUCUCCGCUUAUUAGGACUUGGGAAGAGUCGUCCUGAUCCUUCUUGUUGGGGUUUGGUGUUGUCUUCUCUAAAUCGUUUGUGCUCUUUGAGAGAGUUACGUCUAGAAGAUUGUGAAAUCUGUGAAGGAGAUAUCCCCGAUGAUAUUGGCUACUUGUCCGUUUUGGAAAGUUUGGAACUUAGUGGAAAUAAUUUCAUCAGUCUACCUGAAAGCAUUAGACGCCUUUCUAAGCUCGAGCGUCUUAACCUAGACAGGUGCAAAAGCCUUCAAGAAUUGCUACCUCUUCCAUCAAAUAGCGAAUUAUAUGUAUCUCUAGAUGAUUGUACUUCCUUAAAAAGGUUGACAGAUGCAUCCAAGUUGAGCAGCAGAUUCACCAAUUUGUAUGAUUUUUGGUUCACUUGCAAGAAUUGCAUUGCAUUGGUUCAAGAUGAAGGUUGGAUUAAUACAAUAUUCUCAAGGAUUCUAAAAUUUGCCACUGAGGUACUUCGUCCAUAUUCCAGAAGAAAGGCCCCAAAUGUUGUAUGGCCUGGAAGUGAAAUUCCAGAGUGGUUCAGUAAUCAAAGCGUGGGAAAUUCAGUAAAUGUGGAGCUUCCACCACCAUCGUGUACCAACUGGCUGGGGAUUGCCUUUUGUCUUGUUUUUCAAGAUCAUAAACAAAACUUGGCCAAUCCAACUGCCCCUCGUCGUUUCACCAUUCAAUUUUCAGAGAAUUACUUAGAUUCUCUUUUGGCUAUAACUACUAAAGUAGGGUCUUUUGUGUCAGAACACCUUUUGGUAUUUUAUUUCCCUCGUGAACAAUGUCAUCGGGAACAAUUUUUAUUUGAAACAUACUUUGUUGAUAUUGAGAACAAUGUAAAAGCAGACUUCAAUAGUGUGAAGAAGUGUGGGGCUCGUUUGGUGUACAAACAAGAUUUGGAAGAACUCAACCAUACACUGAAGAUCUUGAAACGAACACAUGAAUAUCGUGAUGAGGCAGCUUCAAGUGAACAUGAAAGUGCUAGCUUCAACGACACAGAACAAAUCCGCAAAAGGCAUUGUUACUAGUCACUGUCUUGUAACAAAUGUAAGUCAUCAUCAAUUCAUACCAUCAGCUUUAUUGUCUUCAAAAAUAUUUCCUGCUUCGCCAUUUUUUAGUCAAUGGACUCAAUCUCAUCAGCUAUAUAUUAAGAUGACUAUAUUUAUUGAAAGGCAAGGGAAUACGAAUGUUGAUGUAUAAA